UAACAUUUCUUUUGAAAGAUCGAUUGGAUAUUUAUAAUACCACAAAACAGAUCAAAACAAAAAGGAAAAUAGUUCCCAGCCACGCUAGGCUUUAAUCCAAAAAAUAAAACAACCAAACCAAAAGCAAAAAUCAGGUCCAAAAAAUAAACAGAAAUGGCCUAUGAAACAAAAUCAAAGUAAAAAAAAAAAAAAAAACCUAAUCUUAAUCUAGUCAAAUCAACAACUUUUUAGAUGAUAGUAGUUUCCCAAAAAGCUUUUUUAUCUUCUGCUAUCAAUUCUCCAUGGAGGUCUUCCAUAAUCACAUUAGUCUGGAUGCCUCGGUCGCCGUUUCUCCAGUUCGUGACGAAUGUAGCCUAGAACAGCUCCCAUAAGAUAUUGUCCUUCUCCCCUUUUCAAUGUUUCAUACGCAAGAGUAUGGGCACAUUCAUUAUUUGUUCUAAGGAUAAAGUGGAAAACAAUCUCUUGAAAAUGAACCUUUUUGCUGUUAAUAUCUCUGAUGAGUGCCCCAAUAACUGAUUUAUCUGGAUCUGUAGUUUGACAUUUCUUUAUUAUUGUUCUUGAGUUUACCGCUAUUUCUAGAGUGUUAAAUUCCAUUGAAAUUCCUAACUGAAUGGCUCGUAACCCUGCAUGUUCUUCACCACAAAAGGAGAUGAUAUUGCAGUGUGAAUGACUGUCUUUGAUGCCAAAAUCUCGCCCCCCGCCACAUCCCAAACUACCAGUCCCGAAGUAGAUCUGGAAGAACGCUUGUCGAAGGCUGCGUCAAAAUAAAUUGUCACCCUCGUUUUCCUUUAAGUCUAUUUGUGGCCUCUGUCAACAUUUAAGGUGAGUUUCCUCUCCUUUAGGCCUUCCAACUCAAAAAUGUAACUUUGGAUUCGUUUCAAGAUAUCCCUAGCCGUCUUGAUUUUUCUUUCAUGAAUUAUCUUAUUUAUAUGCGUCCAGAUUGACCAUAGUCCACCGUAAAAAAGACGACACUGUUUACUAUUUCCCCAACUAAAAACCCAGGUGAGCCAUUCCCACAUACUUUGAAUCACAUUAUUAAACACCCAGGAAAGAUUUAAGUUCUGCCAUACCUCAAUUAUUGUAAGGCGGUGGCAAAAAAUGUGACUGUUGUUUUCUUCAGAAUUACGACAACGGGGGCAAUAAAUUUUCUCUUUCAUUCUUUUAUGCUUGAGAUUAGUUAAAGUAGGGAUAUAGUUCCAAGAGAUUCUCCAUACAGUGAUUUUGCCUUCCGAAGGAAGUUGUUUUCUUCUCCAAACUUGGAAGUCGUCGUGUGCUGUCUCUGCCAAAUGAAUCUACAGAAUUUUCUUUGCAGUAUCCGUAUUAAAGGCUCUCGAUAUCCACAAAUCACCCCAAACAAAAAUUCGAUCCCCCAUACUGACCCUCCAACAUAGAUCGCUUUCCAAGAGUCCCUUUGCUGCCCAAACACUCUUCCAGUUCACAUUGGUCAAGCUGGUAACGCCUGUUGGGAGCUCUACUGUCUUGAACAUGACAUUCAGAACAGUCGAAGGUGGAGACCAUGCUUUCAACACCUUUUUCAGUGAAACCGGCACCGGGAAACAUGCCCUUCGUUCUAUUUUUUUGAAUCUUGAACCGACUGUAGUUGAUGAAGUUAGAACCGGGGCUUAUCGUCAAUUAUUCCACCCUGAACACCUUAUUAGUGCCAAAGAAGAUGCUGUAAAUAACUUUGCCAGAGGCCACUUCACAAGUUUCCACAUCUUUUGUAGAGCCUUACAAGCGUUCAUGACAAAACCCAUGAGAGAAAACAAAAACCUCACAGGCAUUGCUCGUUAUGCAAGUGUUAACACUCACCUUGAAAUUGAGCAAAACGGCAGAGAUGAUUUGGAAUCCCUUGGUUGUGUGCUUCUGUAUUUCCUGAGAGGAAGCCUUCCCUGGCAGGGGCUAAAAGCUGGCAUGAAAAAGCAAAAAUAUGAUAAGAUUAACGAAAUGAAAGCGUCAAUUUUUAUAGAGGUUAUCAGUUUGGCUACGUCUUUGAUUGGACCGUAUUUCUCUUUGUGGUGGUUGAUCAAUUUUCCUAGCAUGCGUAUUUUAUUUGCCUACCCCCAUCCUUAUAAUGUUAUUUUUGUGCUCAAAUUUUCUUUGAUUAAGUGGUUUGUUUGAAUGGGUUUCUUGAAUCCCUUGUUUGUGAUUAGGAAGUUAUUUUUGGAAGAAACUUUUUGUAUUUGUGUAUCAAAGUUAGCUUUUUCCUUUGCUUACUAUCCGAGUUUGAUAGUUAAAUAAAUAUAGUCAAUCACAUAAUUGUGAUGUAUGUACAUUGCUUUGCCGGGGUAACCUAAGUAGUGGGUUGACUAGGUUAUUUGGGUAGAGUUUUGUUAAAACUUGAUGAGCCUUGUAAACAUUGCUAUCGCAAGUAUUUUAUGAUCGUAAGAUUUCUUUUGUGUGA